AUGUCUUCGCCGAUUCGCCCUCAGUUUUUCUGUACUCGCCCAAAUGGCACCCUCACCCCCCUGGUUGCUGUCGACGAGCUGCCCUCACAUAUUUCAAUCCGCGGUGCUCCCCGUACCCUCUCGCCAAGCGAAACUCAAGGCAUGACUAGUCUGGGUACUGUGAGCUCUAGAUUGCAAUUCUAUGUCCUCGAGGGCGCUCUCCCACACACAACUCGCGCGUCGCCCGGUACCGCACCUGGACAUCGCUCCCGCGACAAUGACGUGCAGGCGACGCUUAUGAAUCUUGCUUCCGAUGAAAAUAUACCAUUUAGCCAGAGAGUUGCGAUCAGUACGCUAUUGCAACAUGGUGUAUCUCAGAACUGGUUUGCGACACCUUCAUCAUCCAGCGGCUGGCUGGUCCCAAGCAGCAAUGUGAAUCCCCCAGGAAACGGUACUGCUAGACAGAGCCCCCACUACAACUCGAAGAAAGAGUACUGCUCUUAUUGGAUCCGUCAUGGCGAAUGCGACUAUCAGCAACAAGGAUGUCUCUAUAAGCAUGAAAUGCCUCACGAUUUGUCCAUGCUAGAGAAGCUUGGUCUGCGCGACAUCCCUCGCUGGUACCGCGAUAAGUUCAAUAUUCCCAGCCUACUUCCCAAUGGGCAUGGACAUCCCCGUACCCCCCUUAACCAUACACUCCCUGCACCCGAUGCUGGUUCCUACAGCAGAUCGCUUCCCUAUCACCCGCGCUUGGGUAUGGAUGAAGUGCUUGACGCGCCUGAGAUAAAAAGGGAGCCUGGACAGGAAUUUGCUGCAAACCAGCUCUCCAUCCAGCCAUCUUCAUUGGGAUUUCCUGGUGCCUCGAGACUCGCUUUGCCGGCUACGGACGUAGCGAAAGCUUCUAAGACUCAGAGGGUAGAGCAAAAGCACACUCCCAGUUCCAAGAAUACGGCUCUCAGGAAGCUCGAUCUUCUGUCUUUUGAUCCGCUUCCGGAAUUCCAGGAAUAUUCAUCCUUGAGGCCUGCCAACGGAAACAACUCGCCUGCUUGUGACUAUCCACGCCCGCAUGAGAGUACUGCUUACAAGAACGUUGCUGCCGAUCCUUUUGAAGGCACUUGCAGAGAUUCGCGUGGAAGUUUUGGUCGUAUCCCACCUCUCCUACCUGCCUCUCUUGGUAUGAAUCCGUCCCAGGGUUCAAGUAUCUUACGAGAUGCUGCACCUCAGGGACGUUCCAAGAAGAACCAUAAGUCCCGUCGUUUGUAUCAGCCUCGAUCACAAUUCCCAUCGGAAGAUCCAAGCUCUGAAAUGGAGGAGCGAGUCGCUGGGGCGAGUUAUUCUAGCCAGGCCACUCUUCCGUCGAAUUGCACAUCGCCUGCCUCAAAGGUCACAUUUGGGACUUUCGGGUCUCUCCAGACGCAUACUAAACCGGGUCUCGUGCAUGGAUGUGCCGCAUCCGAGCCGCCUACUCGAGAUGCCUCCCCUUCUACACACUCCAGUACUGCUUCGUCGGAGUCCAGCCCUGGCAAGCGUUGCAAUCGCGUCAAAGGCAAGAGUCACAGGCUCAAUUCUGGGACCAUUGGUCAAAAGAUUUAUCGCCAACGCUCUGUUGGAUCU